GGCUCGCCGGCGGAGCGGCGCGGCCGAGGGGGAGGCAGAAGUUAACUUCCACCUGCCCUGAAGCCGCCGCUGCGCCGGCAGGAGGAGGCGGAGGCGGGGGCGGAGGCAGGCGGGGCAGCCGAGGACCCGGCUCUGGCAGGCUCCGAGGGUCCGGCCGGGUGUAAUUUCCCCCUAAUCCCCGCCACGGCGGCGCUUCCCUGGCCGAGCCAUGUCUGCGGCUUCCCCGCCAUGCCGAGCCUAGCGGGGAGCGGGAGGACUGGCGGCCGGGAGGCGCACAAAAUGAAGACCCUGAUGCGCCACGGGCUGGCCGUCUGCUUGGCGCUCACCACCAUGUGCACCAGCUUGUUGCUCAUGUACGGCGGCAUCGGCGGCGGCGGGGGCCACCCGGAGCCGCGGCGGCGGCAGCAGCAGCAGGUGGCGGCGGUGCCCAGCCGCCCGCCGGGACACGGCCAGCACCACCCGGCGCUCCCCGUCGGGGCUGGCCUACUGGAGGGCUACAUCAGCGUCCUGGAGCACAAGCCUUUAAAAAUGCACUGCAAGAGUUGUGCGUUGGUAACCAGCUCUGGACACCUUCUGGGAAGUAAACAAGGUGACAGAAUCGACGAGACAGAGUGUGUAAUACGAAUGAAUGAUGCACCUACUCGAGGUUAUGGAAAAGAUGUUGGAAACAAAACAAGCCUUCGAGUCAUUGCACACUCCAGUAUUCAGAGGAUUUUGCGAAAUCGCAACGAACUCUUAAAUAUGAGCCGCGGUGCUGUGUUUAUCUUCUGGGGUCCUAGCAGCUACAUGAGGAGAGAUGGUAAAGGCUUGGUGUAUAAUAACCUGCAGCUGAUGAAUCAGAUACUGCCUCAAUUAAAAGCGUAUAUGAUUUCUCGCCACAAGAUGCUUCAAUUUGAUGACCUUUUUAAACGGGAAACUGGGAAAGACAGGAAGAUAUCCAACACUUGGCUUAGCACGGGCUGGUUCACAAUGACUAUCGCAUUAGAGCUCUGUGACAGGAUAAAUGUUUAUGGCAUGGUGCCACCGGAUUUCUGCAGGGAUCCUAAUCAUCUUUCAGUACCUUAUCAUUAUUAUGAACCUUUGGGACCUGAUGAAUGCACAAUGUACAUUUCACACGAGCGGGGACGAAAGGGCAGUCAUCAUCGUUUCAUCACAGAGAAACGAGUGUUUGAGAACUGGGCACGGACAUUCAAUAUUCACUUUUUCCAACCAGACUGGAAACCAGAACCACUCACUGUAAAUCACCCUGAGAUUAAACCGGUGGUCUGAGGGAUGAAUGCACAAGACCGCAAUCACAGUCACCUACUGUAUCAGCCUUCGGGUGUUGGACCUCCUGGGACAGCAAGACAACCUAGAGGAGGAGGGUAACAGGAUUUGCAGCUGAUAACUGCAGCAACAGUCAGGAAGUUAUGAUGAAGGAGCAGAGCAUAUCAAGAGUACUUUCUGUCGAACUGUGCAUUAAUCCAGUAUAUAGCCUUUUUUGGCCAUCUGACUUCCUGUAUGUGUAUGUGAUUUGUGAAUAACAACUUGAGUAUCAUUAAUGGAUGGUUAAUUCAUUAUGGUUUUUUAAAGUACAAUGCCACUGAAUUUUCAUAGUGAAAACUUACAGUAUUUAUUUAAUGGAGGUUUUUAUGCAACCUAGGCCAGUAUUUUUCUAAUUCACAGUUACGUGGCUGUUUAUCUUUCAUAAUCUUUCAAAUCCAAAAUUAAUAUUGCUGAUGGUUUGGAAGGCCUAGCUUUUUAUUUAUAAAAUUUGUUUGAAAAAUAUGAUUCUAUAUAGCAUGUAAUUAAUAUUUGAUCUGAAAAUGUUGCAUUUCUUCUAAAAAUUGUGGGCUCCAUUCCAGUAUAAAGCCUUUAACAGCAGGAAUGGUCCCAUGUGCAGAUCUAGCUAACUUUACAUUCUGACAUCUCACGUUAAUAUGAAAAUGGUAGUGAAAAUUCUGUUUGAUAUUAAUGUGCAUUUGCUGCUGUGCUCUCAAGCUGCUGUUUUUUAAUUAGGGGUGGAAGGAAGGAGGGCAAAGUUUAUCAAAAAAAAUCACUGGCUAUAGCAGCAUGCUUUUCAGUGAAGAGACCAGGCUCAGGCUGGAGGGGUUGUGUUUUGGUUUGCCUCUUGCAGUCCUGCAAGAGGCUGAAGGAGCAGCCCUCCUGAGGCAACAGACUACAAACCAGGCAACAACUGCUUCAAAUAACAUGACCAAAUUUCUGAAAUCAAAAAGUUAAACUACCAGGUACUACAAUACCAGCCAUACUAGCCAAAAAGAUUACAACACUGCACCUGCAAAAAUCUCUGCCUUCCACUGUUCCAAGAUCAUCACUGAGCUCAGAGAUCCUGGAUCACAUUGAAGUUGGGAUGGGAAAAGAGUUCCACCAGUACAAAAUUGUCCCCUUGAAAAAAGCAGAGUUACACUUGGCAUUUUUUUUCGUGAAGUACACGUGCACGGCGAGUCCCUGUGAACAAAGGGGAUGUACAAUGCUAGUGCCAUAUAUGGAACCUCACAGUGUGAAUUACUGCGUUACAUUUGGCUUGUGAAUAAAGAAGAUUUCAGUUACGGUAUUAUUUUUCCUUUUGCCUCACAAAUACUAAAUCUCCAAUUUCUUCAAAGUAAACAGUAAGAAUAACUAUUGCAUGAAACAUUAUACCUCAGGUGACGAAAGGUGUCUCUCAUUAGACAAAUACUAAAGCUAUAACAAAGAUAUUACCUUAAAACAUCUUAAAUCAAAGAAGCUGAACCUCAGAGGCGAUACGUAGAACUGGGACCAAACUUACUAUCAUUUAAACCCACGUAUGACCCACAGUCUUCCUCUUUCCCAAACUGGAUAGCAAUAGCUGCAGCUGCCCUACAGAUACCCUGAUUCUCUGGGGACAAAGCGAACUGCCCUGUCAGGGGCAAAACAGUGUUACCCCUGUAACACUGCCUGGACCUGAAGAGCAGGCCUCCAAGAGCCACGCUCCUUGCUGCAGCCCUCCCCACUAUCGAAGAGCAAGAAACUAUAACCCAUUUUGCCUUAAAAGCUUUCUUUUGGUGUUCUUCCUGGCACACACACUCGGCAUACAAACUGAAUGCAAAGCUCUACUAUUGCCAAAUGCUUGUAACCUGUCUCUUGUCAGCCGGUGUUUAACUCUCCCUCUGUCACUGAUUGUGUUUUAUUCCUUCCACUUGAUUUCACAACAUUCUACAAAAAACACACUGGAUUUUGAACUAAUGGUAAUUUGACCCUCUCAGCAUGUGUACUGGGGCGUGUAUCCAGCAUAUAUUGCUCAAAUUGAUGAACUCUGUCAAACUGAUUUACAGAUUAUUUCUAAUGUGACUGCAAGAGAUGGUACAGAUCACAGUAGGUCCUCUGAUGCCACCAUCCUUUUGUUAUUAGUGGUAUGAUAAUAAAAAGAUCUUGUCAUUCUAAAA